AAUUAGUGCUAGUGGUCAGUGGAUUAACUGAUAAAAGACUUUCCAAAACGUACUUUCGUGGAACUCAUCAACGAUUUACCUUAAACAAUUAAUCAGUUAGCAGUUCAGUCCCUUAAGAAGUACAGAUCGUCAGUGGUUUUGGUUUGGGGCGGGGGUUUAAUUAUUCUGAUCUGCCUUCAAUCAGUUCAUCCGAAGAUCGCAUUCGUUUACCACACAGUGAAAUGCAGAAGUGGUUUUCAGCUGGCGCCGAUGAUGGUGAAAAUUCUCCCCAGAGGACGUCGUCGUCCUCUCUGCUGUCUGAUUGGAAUUCUUACGCGGCUGCUAGAUCUUCGGAGGAGAGUAGCAGCGGGGGCUCCCUGGCCGGAAUUUUUGAUAUCGAAUCGGCUGUCAGGUCCGCCAACGAUACCGUCUCCGGCACGUUUAAUGUGGUUUCCAAAGGAGUGAAAGAUCUACCUGGAAAUUUUCAGUCUGCCACCAGUAAUAUCCCUUCUGGAAAAGCACUUAUGUAUUUCGGCUUGCUCCUGGCAAGUGGAGUUUUCUUUGUGUUUAUUGCAUUCACUUUAUUUCUUCCGGUCAUUGUAUUGGUGCCCCAGAAAUUUGCCAUCUGCUUUACUGUGGGAUGUGCCUUCAUCAUUGGGUCCUUCUUUGCCCUCAGAGGUCCAAAAAAUCAGUUUAACCACAUGUCGUCCAAGGAGAGGCUUCCUUUCACAUUAGGUUUCCUUGGCAGCAUGAUAGGGACCAUUUACGUCUCUAUGGUGCUUCACAGCUAUGUUCUAUCUGUGCUCUUUUCCGUGCUUCAGGUCCUGGCACUAGCAUACUAUGCUAUCUCUUACUUUCCUGGUGGAUCUACUGGUCUGAAGCUUAUUUCGUCAUCUUUGACAUCUUCUAUUUUGAAGUGCUUUGGCAGGUGAUAUUGACAGCCAAAACAUUUUAAUUGUUCUGUGAUAUGGUAUUCUAGCCACAUUCUGUCAUUUCUUAUAGACACAGGACACUAGAAUGAACUAUGUUCCCAUGAUGCUCGAGCAAAGUUUUGCAAAGUAAAGGGUACAUGUCUCACUUCAGAUUUUAAUUUCUUGUCGACUACAUUUUUGGAUUGCUAUAUGAUUUAACCUUCUGGCAGUGGGUUUUGUAUAGAUACCUUGUACCUGUAAGGUGGUAAAAGAUGAAAAGAAACCAGUUUUUGGUAUUUUGCCUUCAAUUUCCAUGUUUCUCCCAUAUUAGUCUAAUGACAGCAUCAUCUUUGAAUGGCAUGCGUGAGA